AUGGCAAAUGAUUGGCGGCUUGAAAUGAACAGAUUGCUUACAGCAUUCGAACGUCAAACAACAUACUUUUUAUGUGUCAUGAAAAAUGUGUUCAAGCUAAGCGGAAUGUUACUCACUGAAGAAUUCGAACAGUAUUUCAUGCAGGCUAUAAACAAUAGCAUAACAGGCGCAUACUACCAAUUCAAAAUGAACUCAAUGAUGGAGAAUCAACUAAACGUCGAACUAAAUUCAGAUGCAAACGUGCUACAGAUGAGCUGCCAAAUCAGCAGUGCUAGCGGUUACUUUGUGCCAACAUUGGCUUUACCACAACGAUUUCACGGACCACAAGUCACAUCCUUGCGAAGCCAACCAAGAUGGACAAUGCUACAACCCGUGCACCAACAUUCCUGUGCACAAGGUGCCGAUGUCAAGGUAUUGCACCCAGCUGCUGGUGGAAACCUAAAUAUCACCAGCGCUACAAACGCCCAAUAUCGUCAAGUACCAGCUGCUAGCGUACGACAACAAAACCAAUGUGCACAAGCCGCAGAAAUUCACAACCCAAUCACCAGACAACAACAAGAGGUUCAGGGACAACCGAUGCCAUUAGGACCAGUGCCUCAGUACAAAUACACAGCAAACAUUCGCAAUUCACCAACUCAAAAUGUUGAAAUGGUUUCACAAGCCGCUCCAGUCGAAGCUGAGAACGUCAAUGAUCAAGAGCCAUUGACUGCAUCAUUGUUGGCGGCUGUUCAACCAGCCGAACAGAAGCAAAUGCUCGGCGAACGUUUGUUCCGAAUCAUCGAAUCGAUGUAUCCACAAUUGGCUGGUAAAAUCACCGGUAUGUUGUUGGAAAACGACUAUUUGGAACUGUUGCACAUACUUGAACACAACGAAUCGCUGAAGAACAAAGUCGAUGAAGCCAUGGCCGUACUUCAAGCCCAUCAAGCCAAGAAAGCUGACACAUCUGACGAAAAAUCGGAAUAA